AUGUCGAUCUCGGAAAAUUACGAGGAGCGUCGGUACUACUGGCAGCAAUGGCGGCGCGUCGCCGUCGAGCCAUCGCGGAAGCAGUUCCUGGAUCUCUUGCAACUGCUCGACGUCGAGGCCAAGCUGAACGGAUUCAACAGCACGGCGGAGUAUUGGAUUUACGAAUACGAAUGGGAGACAUUUCAUGGUGACCUCGAAUCGUUGUGGGAGUUGACGAAGCCUCUCUACGAGCAGUUGCACGCCUUCCUGCGGAAUGGGCUGGUCCAGAAGUACGCAGCCAAGUACGUCUCGUCGCAAGGACCGAUAUCCGCCCACCUCCUUGGAGAUUUGGAAAGUGAGUCGUGGUUCCAUGAAACUGGAGUAUUCUGGCCGCCUUCUUACGAUACCUCUGCUGUGGAUUUAAAGUUGCACAAGAUGAGCGUCAUCGACAUCUUCAAGCUCGCCGAAUCCUUCUACACGUCGCUCGGGUUCCCACCUCUGCCGCCCGCUUUUUGGAACAACUCGGUUUUGGAGGAGUCACCGGCGGAGAGCAAUCGGAUCUGCGACGCCUCGGCAUGGGACUUCUGCGACGGCCGAGACUUCAGAAUUCGGAUGUGCACGGAAAAAAGCCUGGAAGGUCUUAAGGGAGUAUUCCAUGAAAUGGGCCACGUGUACUAUUUCCAACAAUACGCCGGACUGCCUCACGUAUUUCGACAGGGCGCCAACUCAGGGUUCCACGAGGCCGUGGCAGAUGCAAUGGCUUGGCUGGCUUGUAGUCCCCAGCGCCUUCACAAGAUUGGUCUACUUGAUGGGAUAAACAAAGAACUCGGUGAGUCCAGAAUUUUUGAGUCCUAUACCCGCUGGUCUUUCCUCCACCAUUGA